CCCGAUACAAUUCUGCAGAAGCUCCUAGAUGACUGCAAAUAUACCUUUGUUCCUCCCAUCGAGAAGUCGAAACUAUUUGAAGAUUCCCUCCAGGCCGUCGUGCAGCUCUGUAACGACCAGAAGAUCAAAGGCCACGUUGAGGAUUUCGCCAACUGCACCUUAGAAAACGGUUCCUACACUCAUUUUAUCCAAGCUGCCAACGCUGCACUCCUCGAACUGCGCAGCUUGAAAGUGUCCGGAUUGCGCGAUUAUACGCGCAACGAUGAGCACUGGGGUCUUAACACUGAAUUCAAGCAUGUGCCUGGUGAAUCGUGCGAGAUUUGCGUCCGCGAUGCAGACGGCGAUGUAGACCUCAAGUUUGAUUUGAUGCCCGGUCAAUGCACGACUCACUUCGGUCUGCGUGGCCGCGCCUUGUAUAUCAUCGUGUCCAAGAAGCUUCUCCCGAUCACGACGCUGAGCGGGGACGAGUUCCUCGCCGCAUGGUGGCAAGUGGUGCUUUGCCAUUAUGUCCUUUGGCAGCACGGCGUCCGUCACCGCGACGCCAGUCCUAGCAAUCUCAAGGUAUACAAGACCUCAGAUGGUCGAUAUAUUGGCGUGCUCAACGACUACGACUUAUCAUCGACUCAAGGCACUCCCACCGGAAAUUUCGAGCGUACAGGGACAGUGCCGUUCAUGGCGAUUGACCUUCUCUCACCUGCAGCCAUCGCAGGCCAGGUCGAGCACCUUUACCGACACGACGCUGAAUCGUUAGUAUGGGUCUUGGCCUGGAUCUGUAUGCGGUAUGAAAAAGUGGUACUCCUGCGCGAGGGCAGACCGCUCGAUGACUGGCUGAGAGUGAAUGCUUUAAGAUGCGCGGAGAAAAAGUCUGACUUUCUGUUGAGGAUUCAGACCGACGACCCCUUCAUACAACCCACGUCGUCGCAUCAAGAUAACUGGGAUGUUGCGUUAUCUUGCCUAGACUCUAUCAUCGCGAUGCGCAGCACGCUCUCGAAACGUGCGAAGGUUAAAGUUGUGCUGGACGACAAUUCUGCAUUCCAGACGUUGCUCAAGGCGAACGUACCGUCGUGGCUCCACACAUAAUGCUUCGGUUCACUUUCGACAGUCAGCUUGUAAUAAUUAGCAGCAAUCUUGUAGAAGGUUAUUUGAAUACGUCCUUCAGAGAUCGCUUUACUAGUUUGUCAAAUAUGUACCUCAGAAACGUGUACAAAUGAGAGCUCACCACCGGAGGUUUAGCACUGUCGUCUGGUAAGUAGUCACCGCGACGUCAGCCUUGGCAAUCUUACCGUAUACAAGACCCCAGAUGGUCAAUACAUUGACGUGCUCAACGACUUCGACUUGUCAUCGACUUUACUACCACCAACAAGGUGCAUACGGGAACCGCUUGAUGAGUGGCUGAAAGCGGAUGCUCGUGGACGACUUUCUGACCAGG